ACCAACCCGCUCAAUGCGGCGUCUAUGUAUAUAUGUCUAUGAGUCUGAUGAUGUUGUGAAGCGUCAUUGGACAGACGGGAACACGCCUUUCGUCGUGCGUGAACAAGCACAACAACAAACGACAAGGUGAUCCAUGUGCGUCUGACUGGGACAUUGUAAACAUGCUGACAGCACAGAGGGCAUGUGCAGCGAUGGCUGUCCGGCACCUGGUUAGAGCUUCUGUCUCCUCAGCACACACACACCGCUCUCUGAUCCACACUUCCAUACCACGUCAGGACCAGACUGAGCUGCAUGCCGAAUGGGCCAAUCUGGCUAAGAAACAGCUGAAGGGGAAAAACCCAGAAGAUCUGACCUGGCGCACGCCAGAGGGAAUCAACAUCAAGCCUGUGUACACACAAGCAGACUCGGUUGGCAGGGCUGAUGAAUUGCCAGGAGUGUUUCCGUACACCAGAGGGCCCUAUCCCACCAUGUACACCUACAGGCCUUGGACUAUCAGGCAGUACGCAGGCUUUAGCACUGUGGAGGAGAGCAACAGGUUCUAUAAAGAUAACAUUAAAGCUGGACAACAGGGUCUUUCUGUGGCCUUUGACCUCCCGACUCACCGUGGUUAUGACUCAGACAACCCCCGAGUCCAUGGAGACGUUGGCAUGGCUGGUGUUGCUAUAGACUCGGUUGAAGACAUGAAGAUGCUCUUUGAUGGAAUCCCACUGGAGAAGAUGUCAGUUUCAAUGACAAUGAACGGAGCCGUUAUCCCUGUGCUGGCCAUGUUUAUUGUGACUGGAGAGGAGCAGGGUGUGCCUAAAGCCAAACUAACAGGCACGAUUCAAAACGAUAUUUUGAAGGAGUUUAUGGUACGCAACACCUAUAUUUUUCCCCCGGAACCUUCCAUGCAAGCCAUCGCAGAUAUCUUCGCUUAUACCUCCAAGAACAUGCCCAAGUUUAACUCUAUAUCCAUCAGUGGCUACCAUCUUCAGGAAGCGGGAGCUGAUGCCAUCCUGGAAGUAGCUUACACCAUCGCUAAUGGCCUGGAGUACUGCCGCACAGGGCUGAAAGCAGGCUUAACCAUCGAUGAGUUUGCCCCAAGAUUGUCGUUCUUCUGGGGUAUUGGGAUGAAUUUCUACAUGGAAAUUGCCAAGCUGAGGGCAGCCAGGAGGUUAUGGGCCACGCUCAUUCAAGAGUACUUCCAGCCCAAGAACACCAAGUCUCUCCUCCUCCGCACACACUGCCAGACCUCCGGCUGGUCUCUCACUGAACAAGAUCCAUACAACAACGUGAUCCGUACAGUGAUCGAGGGCAUGGCAGCUGUGUUCGGGGGGACCCAGUCACUCCACACCAACUCGUUCGAUGAAGCUCUGGGUCUGCCCACGGUGAAGAGCGCUCGCAUUGCCAGGAACACCCAGAUCAUCAUCCAAGAAGAGUCAGGCAUCCCCAAAGUCGCUGAUCCCUGGGGGGGCUCUCAUAUGAUGGAGUCUCUCACAGAGGACGUCUAUAAUAAAGCUCUAAAGUUCAUUAAAGACAUUGAAGAGAUGGGAGGCAUGGCCAGAGCUGUGGCGGAAGGUAUUCCAAAACUUCGUAUUGAGGAAUGUGCUGCUCGCAGACAGGCCCGCAUUGACUCAGGAUCAGAAGUCAUUGUCGGGGUGAACAAGUACCGUCUGGAAAAAGAGGAAACGGUGGAGGUGUUAGCUAUAGAUAACACUGCCGUACGCGAGAAACAGAUUGAAAAACUGAAAAAGGUGAGGCAGAGUCGUGACCCAGAGGCUGCGAAGAAGUGCCUGGCCGCAAUUAAGGAGUGUGCCCGAACCGGGGAGGGCAACCUUUUAGGCCUGGCUGUGGAGGCAGCACGAGCCAGAUGUUCAGUUGGUGAAAUAACUGAUGCCAUGAAGGCAGUGUUCGGCGAACACAAGGCCAGUACCAGGAUGGUGAGCGGUGCUUACCGCAGUGAGUUCGGGGAACAUGAAGAGAUCGCCCUGGCCAUGAAUAGAGUUGCAGAUUUUAAGAACCAAGAGGGCAGGAAUCCUCGACUGCUGGUGGCAAAGAUGGGGCAGGAUGGUCACGACAGGGGUGCGAAAGUCAUCGCCACAGGGUUUGCUGACCUGGGCUUUGAUGUGGACAUCGGACCACUGUUUCAGACUCCCCUUGAGGUUGCCCAGCAGGCGGUCGAUGCAGACGUACACUGUGUCGGGGUCAGCACGCUUGCCGCAGGACACAAGACACUGGUCCCAGAGCUCAUCAAGGAACUACGGAAGCUCAACAGGCCAGAUAUCCUCGUCAUCUGUGGAGGCGUCAUCCCACCACAGGACUAUGAGUUCUUGUACCAGAGCGGUGUGUGUGCCAUCUUCGGCCCAGGAACCAGGAUCCCACAAGCUGCAGUGGACGUUGUUGAUAACAUUGAGAAGAGCCUAGAAAACAUCCGUCAGGCCAUGUGAACUCUUUAAAAAAACAGAACUACAGCUUUAAGAACUGUCUAUCUGUGCUGUAUCCACAAGAAAGUCACAAGUGGGGGGCUCUCUGUACAGAACCUGCAAAAAAAAUGUCAUUCCCCAGCGUGAGAACACAGCAUGUACAGCAGUCAGAAUCAUUAAUAAACCUGUUGAGGUGUCGUGGUUACAUCGUGUUUAGAUUUGUUAAUUGGCGGUAUCGUUCAGUUCUAAGGAAAAUCCUGUCAGACGAACCCUAUUCAGUUAAUAAGUAGUGAUUUUGUUAAUCUCUUCAAAGGUCAAGUAAUUAAUUCAUGCUUAUAUAAGAAUUGCAGUGUCACAUGCGUGGGAACCCUCAUUCCUGGUCAAUUACUAUAGACUUUAAUAGAAAAGAUGGAAAUUAGGCUAUAUUUAGAUGUUCACUAACGCUUAAUAAAUCACAGACUAAAAUUAGGCCAUGCUAAACAAACAGUGCAUGGUGCUACAAACAUUGGCUUGAGAUGAGCAGAGCAUUUUUUGCCAUCCAAUAUAAAACAUUACAGCAGAGCACUAUAAACCUACUUAAUAUAAUGCUUUUAUUGUGAAAUUUGUGUUACAAUAUUACAGCAAGGUGUGGUGAGUGCCAGUGCUGUGGAGAUAGAUGGGUUGAAAUUCACAUCAAAUCAAACCUCUUAUGAACUACUACUAUGUUGAAUUUAACUAUCUAUUCAUAUUAAAAUAAAGCAGUUGGAAAUUGUAUUUUUCUACUUGAAAUAUCGAAUCAGAUUUAACUCUCUGUGGUCUGAAUAAAGUAUGUGAACUUUGGAAACGUGA